AUGGUGCACGAGGAGUGCUGCGCAAAUUCGAUUUGUAGUAUAACAGUGGGUGUUGACGUAUCUUUAUCUUCAGUCUUUGCGGACGAUGAUGGUUUGCAGAUGCUCCCUGGCGGUCUCCCUGAUCGCUUUUUGCGUGGCUUUUUACAACGACUUCUGGAAGCUGAGCGUGAGGGAAAAGGCGAUACUUUUCAUCGCCACUGGCGAUUGGGCCUGCGCAAUCCUCGCAUAGGCAUUCAUCGUCUUGCCGCGCUGGUGUGCAAGGGGGAGGGAGAAGAAGAGGAAUCUGCACAGCUGCUUACACGGCUCAUGUUGCUCCCUAUCCCCAGGGGGGAAGUCAAAGACACGCUGCUCCAGACGGUGAAGCAAGUCGAGAGCACUCCGAGAGCCUUAGCGGCGCUGCUGCAUUUAACGCUCAUGGAAACAUUCCCGUCGAUGGGCAGAGUUGAGGCGUUCACAAUCCUAAGGGAACACGGAUUUGACCCGAACGAGAUAGCGCCGGCUUGCAAGGGCCUACUCCGGUAUAAACGAGAGCUGAUCAAACGGUAUCAGCGCAUGCCAAUUACCGAACUUCUCGAAAUCUACACGAUGGGGUGGCGUAUGGGGCUUUUGCGAUACCCUUGCCUUCAAGAUCCCUCUCUAUGCCUCGUUAGCACCAAGCCAACAAAGGAUGCUGAGAUUAGAGCAGCUGCCGAGAAGGCAAAGACACCGAGUCUCGAUCCCAGGCACCCCUCAGAUGAAGACUUGAGAGCCGUUCUUAUUCAGGAGGCCGUUCGUAUAGUGUUGCACUGCGGUUUGUUGGAUAUCUCGGACUAUGUCAUUGAGGUGGCCAGAGAACUACCGCGCGACCGCUUCCUCGCAUUCGGCUUGGAUGCCGAGGGGAGACUCAUAGAAGGAUACGAUGAAGAAAAAGAAAAAGGAAAACGCGAGCUCACAGAAAAACUCAAAGGCAUACUUCGCACAGCUGGAGUGCCUGCACCUGCGCCCGCACAGCCUGCGGCGGGGUUUGCUGCUGGGAUAGAGCUUUUUGACUUUGCAGCUGCAGAGCCUACUGCUGUGCUGCGCAAAAGGCGCAUAGAGCGAGCGCUUGAGCUGCAGAAGAACUUCAUGAGCAUCUUUCCCUCCGCGCUGCCCGUUUUCAACCCAAUAACAGGAGAGGAAGUUCACACUUUAGAUCCGCAGCUGUUAUCUUUGCAGCAGGAGCAGCAGCAAAGAGCGGACAGACUCCGAGACAGCCUCGCGGCAUUCCAUAUCUUGAAGCUGGAGAUACUUGGACUCCGCGUGCAGGCACUUCAAAGACAUGUUCUCGUGAUUGGAGCUCCAAGAGCUACAGUCGGUGCUGACGGCGAUCUAACAGGCUUAGAUUUCUCGUCUCACUUAAAUUGCAGCUUAGUGUUGCGUCCCGCGUUAUCCCUCCGUGCAGUCUGCACGGUAGAGGCUUUGGUGGCACUGCCGCUCCCAUCCGUCUGUCGGUAUCAUGCGCUAUGUGCAGACAGCAGCGGCAACGUCCUCUUGUGCAUCAUGCAGUGGCAAGUUCCCUUCAAGCAGCGGGAGGGGGAGGAGGGGGAAGAAAACGAGCCUGUCUAUGUGGUUGACCUGGGUAUCCUCAUGCCAUCGGAAGCCAAGACAGGGGAAGUUAGUAGCGACGACGGCAAUAGCAGUGACAGCAGCAGUGACAGCAGCAGUGAAAGCAGCAGUGGAAGCAGCAGCAACACGAAGCGGAAAGGGAAGAAACAAAACAAACAGGAGUGGGAAAUCGUUCAUACGAACGGUUUUAUUUCCUGUUUGGCGGCAAAAGGAGCAGAAAAGGAAAAGCAGUUGCUACGUGCGGCUGUCCAUACACCCGGAUUCCAUCUGGUGCAUGCAGUGCGCCGUCAUGAUGGAAUUACCUUUUUUUUCAACGGCGUUCAAGUAGGCUUUAUUUACAAGGAUAUUGAUGCCACUUUUACGGAUAUCGUCACCAUUGGCAACAGCCUCCACGGUGGUCAGCCUUUAGGCACUGUUUCCGAUGUGAAGGUGCUGGCAACGGCUCUCGAUUCAUCCUCCGCUGCCGUUCGGUAUUAUGAGGUGUUGGGGAGGACAGCCUCGAAGAGUCUCGGGGAUGGCUUUGCCGCGGCUCUGGAGGCGGCUGCUGGCAUUUCUUCAGCAGCCUCCCCCGAUGAAAAGAUUGAACUUCAUCAGAUAUUGAACUUGAGUUUUGUGGUUGCCGAUCCACGCAAGCAAACGCGGGUGCUUGCUGUGUGCGCGCCUGAAGUGUAUACUGCCGCCACCUACUACCUGCGGCUCUCCACGGGAGAACUCACGCGGUGUCCAGACACCGGAGCUCACGGGCUCAAGUAUGUUCCUGGGUACUUUCCGUCCACUGCGGCUGCUGUUGCGGGCAGCACACGCAACGACAGCCUGCUGGUGCUGCAGCCGCAGCUGCUUCUCCGGAGAGAGCUUUCUGCAUCCACAGGAUACACACUGGCCGUCUGGAUACGCACCCCGCUCCCCGCGACGGGGUCUCUGCACGCCCUCUUCGCGGGUGACGUUGAAAUGCAUGUUUGCGCGGCAGUCGAUGGAGGCUCUGUAGGAGCUUUGCUGCUGCCACCAGCCUUUCACGAAGGCGUCGACAGAGUCGCCGCGGUAGCUGCGGCGACCUCCGCCUUGAGAAAAGGGGCGGAUGCAGCAGAAGCAGCAGCAGCAGCAGCAGCAGCGCUCAAUGCAGAUGACCAGUGGUCUGUCUUCUCAGACGGCCUCGCCAAGGAAUUUCACCCCUCAGGCUUGGAUCUCUCUCAGGAAGCGGAUGGCUGGCAUCUGCUGCAUGUAGUUGCUGCAGCAAAAGAACUCACAAAAGCGCCGCCAGCCGCAACAGCAGAGGCAUCAAGGAACGAUUCUGGCAUCAUGGCGUUCUACCUGGAUGGUUCCCCUAGAGGCCUCAUCCCGAGGGUCUGCUGGGCGCCUGUCAAAUACCUCGGAAAUAAUUUCAGCGGCAGAAACGCCUUCGGCAGCUUUGCACACUUCAGAGCAUACGCCAAACCCUUCACCCCCCAGCAAGUCUACUUUGAUUACACAGCGUACCCCCUCCAGUAUGUGUUGACUGCCGAGAAAUCUUCCUACGCAGGUCCCCGGCUGGAGGGGGCAGGUGGUGGUCGCAGACGGCGCGGAAAGAGACAGGAUUCGAAGAGCAGCAGCAGCAGCAGCAUCAGCAGCAGCAGCAGCAGCAGCAGCAGCAGCAGCAGCACUGUGAGCACGAGCAGCAGCGGAGAGGACUUGGUGUUAGUGCCUCGUGAGCCUGAGGAAGGCAAAGCCAAGCAGCCUCAGGUGCUCCUCCAGGUGUCUUCGGAUGGCGAAUACAUCGACUUAGAACCGGCUACAAUAGCUAAGCGUCACCGACUGGUAGCGUUCGAGCUCGAUGACUUUGUGGAAAGCCCCGACGGCCGUCUGACUGCAUGCGAUACGCUGGCAAGCUAUCACGCUGGGGAUGCCACAGACGCCGAAAGCGGCCAUGAAGACAUGGAGGGAAGCCUCCAUGUCGUGCCGCCACUAAGGCUCUCGUCUUCAGGAUUCUCGAUCGCUUGCUGGGUCCGACUGCCCGUAAAACGCACAGGCACUUUCCACGCGCUUGCUGGAGAUGGUCGCGGAAACGCCUUCGCAGCUAUAGACGAGAAGGGCACCACUUUAGGUACAUCAUUUGUACUUCUUAAAAGGAACACUUCCUUGCCGAUCCCUUCUCCCCCGUGCACUGUAGAAAGAGAACGGUAUGCUGUCUCACACGCCUUCAAUAUCAUAGCAUGUGUCUUCGUGUUCGCUGUCGGUAGAAUCAAUGUGAGAAGGCAACCAGGGCUCUCAGCCACCGGCACGUAUUUCUAUCUACACAGAUCGACGGUGUCAACUGCCACGUUUUACAAGUGCGCGUAUCUGAGUGCCCUCUGUGCGAUGCCAGGUGUGAUAUCUGAACCCCGCGUCCGAGUAGCGAAGAGGGUAUGCCGACCCUCUGCUCCUGGCUUUGCUCCCUUCAUACCUUCCGCCGCCUUGGUUCACAAAAAAGAGAGAGGCUGGCAUCACCUCGUGGCCGUAGGGGAUGGGCAGAUCACCUUCUUCUACGUGAACGGCAGACACCUCGGAGCAGCCCCCGCCUGCUGCAGGGGGCCGAUUGCAGUCAUUGGGAACGCGAAUCUGAAACAAUACAGAAAGCCACAGACCAGAAGGGGCCCUCCAAGCAAGGGCAGCAGCAGCGAGGACGAAGGCAACAGCGGGCAGUGCAAGAUGCCAUUUGGGGCGUUCUACAACUUUCAGGUGUACAGACACCCCAUGUUUCCCAAACAGGUCGAGGCCCUGUAUCAGGAGCAACGAAAACUCCACAGGCUCAAACAUUUGACGAGCUGA